AUGGGGAACCACUCUUCACUGUUGUUGAGGGAGGAAGAAAUUGAAACUAUUCAGCAAGAGACUGGCUUCACACCCAACCAGAUUGAACGUCUCUACAGCAGAUUCACCAGCCUUGAUAAGGGCGACAAUGGAUUUUUGUGCAGGGAAGAUUUCCACCGAAUCCCAGAGUUAGCCAUCAAUCCUUUAGGUGACCGAAUUGUCAAUGCCUUCUUCUGCGAGUCUGGUUCAGAAGACCAAUUGAAUUUCAGACAAUUCAUGAAGGUGUUGGCCCACUUCCGACCAGUGAAGAAAGACAAGGAGAACAAGCUGAAUUCUAGGGAAGGCAAGCUCAGAUUUGCCUUUCAAAUGUACGACACGGACAACGACGAGCAAAUUUCCAAGGAAGAAUUGCUGGGUGUUCUUCAAAUGAUGGUUGGAGACAACAUCAGUGAGGAACAGCUGGUUAGCAUCGCGGAAAGGACUAUUGUCGAGGCCGAUAAGGAUGGUGACCAAAUGAUUUCAUUCCAGGAGUUCUGCACCGCUCUGGAACGAACGGAUGUGGAGCAGAAAAUGUCCAUCCGCUUUUUGAAUUGACACAAAUAAUCUCCAAAAAUCUUUUUGUCCACACUCUACUCCCUCGAAAAAAGAAAAA